AUGGCUGCUCUUAUCACCGACCUGGACGAACAUGCCAGACGUCUUGCACGUGACAUACAACAGCACUGCACCAACGCUCAAACCCGCCUUAACAACGUCCUCAAACAGACUGAUAUCCAACCCAAAGCAGCACUCUACUCCCUCCUCCUCUUCGCCGCAUUCACAUACUUCACCAUCGCCGUCACCAACUUAAUUCGCGCCCGCCGCCUCACUUCCUCCCGUCCCAGCACCCCCAACCUCGAAAAGCGCUCCCCGUUCAAAGCCCCAGACCGGCCUCCAGGCGUAUGGCUUCCCUCAGACUUCACCCGCCCCCCAGCAACGCCUUAUCCCUCUUUCGACCUAAGCACCACGAAACCGUUACCGUAUCGACCGUUUCGCCACGGCCCGAAGUACAACAUCACGAUGGGACUGAGGAAUAUGCAGUGGGAUGAAUGGAUUGAGCUGGAUAAUCAGUAUAUGGAGUUUCAUAGGUUGAAGGCGGAGAGGAUAGAAGAGCGAGGAGGGAAAUGUGUUAAAACAGCUCCGGAAGCGAGGGCUGCGGUGGUGGAGUUACUCGAGGAACUAUGCUUCUACCUACCACAACGUUAUCCCACCGUCUUCCAGAAGAUAAGUCAUAGUGAAAAGAUGGGUGAAGAGAAGGCCGCGAGAAAGAUUCAGAAUCUAGCCACGGGCGAGAUCUUCGACAUCGCAAGACUAGAAAGGAAUGGCGUGAAGGAAGAUGCGAUGGCGUUGUGUGCGAGGUUGGUUCAAGACGAUCUUGCGAUCAUGGUAGAGAAGGAGGAUGGACAUUUCAAAACCAAGCUCGAAAAGCCAAUGUCCAACUUCUUCCGGCGCAUCCAACCGCAAUCCCCCGUUUUGCGAAACAACUACUUUAUCCAAGUCGACGACAACCUCGCGUGGAGCUCUAGUAUAGGACCUGAAGAUACCACAGAAGAAGAGGGGGGUGUUGGGUGGUUUACAGCGGAGAAGAAUAAAGCGGUUGAGCAUCAUUGGUUUAGGAGUGAGAGGCAGAGUUUGAGACGCCUCCCCAAAUCCGGCGGCGUAGUCUUCACAAUCCGGACCUACUUCCACCCCAUUACGGAGAUCGCACAGGAGCCCUACGUACCGGGUAGACUGGCCAGUGCGAUCCGUUCUUGGGGGGACGAUGUGAGUCGGUACAAGGGGAAGGAGAUGUAUGGGGAUGUGCUGUUGGAGUAUCUAGAUAGGAGACAUCAGGAGCAGGUGGAGGCGGGGUUGGAUGUUGGGGCUGAAGAGGGGGUGAGGGGGUAUCCCUUUUGA